AUGUCCGAUUCAAAUUUUCGUCGACCUCGACCACACACAUCAUAUUAUUCAAAUAAUUAUCGUUCAUCGAGAGGAUCUCAUUUUCAUUGGAAUCCUCAUUUCCGUCAUGAAGAGAAUAAUGAAAUGGAACAAGAAUCUAAUCAAAAUUUACAUGCAACAUAUCAACAAUCUUCUCUUUCUUCUUUACCUAUUGCAUCACAUCAACAACAUAUGUUUACUUCUCAAGAACAAUUUUCUUCUGAACAUAUGAAAAAAUCCAAUGAACAUCAAAAAAAUAUUCGUCCUUUUCAUCAUAUUGAAAAUCAUUUACCAUAUCGUAUGUGGUCAAAUACAGCUGAUCAAGAAUAUUUUCGUCGAUAUCAUCAACAAUAUUUUAAAUUUCAUCUUAUUUGUUAUAAUAUUCUGUCACAAACAUUAUUAGAAGAUAAUAAAUUUUUAUAUGUUAAUUGUUUAAGGAAUAAUUUAAAAUGGUAUCGAAGAAAAGAUCGUUUAUUAAGAGAAUUAUUAAGACAAGAUGCUGAUAUUCUUUGUUUACAAGAAAUGGAAAAUUAUCAUUAUGAACAUGAUUUUCGACCCAAUUUAAUGCAAAAUGGAUAUGAUUCUAUUUAUUUAAAACGAACCGGUGAUAAAUCAGAUGGAUGUUGUAUAUUCUAUAAAAUAAAUCGUUUAAAACUUAUUGAAAGUAAAGCUGUAUCAUUUUAUCAAAAAGAUAUUCGUGUUCUAGAUAGAGAUAAUUGUGGUUUAAUUGCACUUUUUCAACCAAUAUCUUCUAAAGUAUCAUCCGAUGAUAUAUUUUGUGUAGCAACAACACAUUUACUUUUUUCACCAAAACGUGGUGAUAUUAAAUUAGCACAAAUACAAUAUUUUCUUGCUGAAAUUGAUCGAUUAGCAACAAAAGAUUCAUAUACAAAUUCUUAUUAUCCAAUUAUUUUAUGUGGUGAUUUUAAUUCUCAUCCACAAUCACCAUUGAUUAAAUUUUUAUUGAAUCAAUAUAUUAAAUAUGAUAGCUAUCGUUGUAUUGAAAUUUCUGGUCAAACAGAAAAUUCAAUUAUUAAAAAUUGUUUUUCUUAUCAAUUACCAUCAAAUGAACUUCUUCCAUCAUCAUUUGUUACUUCUGAUUGUCGUUUAGCAAUAUCAAAUAAUGAAUCAAAUUUUCAAACACAUAUCAAUCAACAUUCAUCAGCAAUAUUAACACAUAAUAAAAAAUUUCAAUCAGUUUAUGAUUUAAAUAAUUCAUUAGAUAUAACAACAAAUUCUGGUGAUGAAUCAAAAUUAGUUGAUUAUAUAUUUUAUACUCAACAAGAAAAUGAUCCAUAUAAAUUAAAUUUAUUAAAUCGUUUUGAUUUAUAUAAACAAAAUCAAAUGAUUGAUAUUCAUAUACCAAAUCAUCAAUUUGCUUCAGAUCAUUUUCUUUUAGCAGCAAAAUUUGCUUUAAAAUUAACCAUGACAAAUAAACAGUGA